AUCUUUGGAAUUUACACAAUGAACCACAAUAAUGAGCCAACUACUGAAGAUGUUCUGAAACCUGGGAAUGAAAUGGUUGCAGCGGGUUACUGUAUGUACGGAAGCUCCUGCAUGCUUGUGCUGAGUAGUGGAACAGGUGUCCACGGAUUUACCCUGGACCCAUCUCUAGGAGAGUUCAUAUUAACCCACCCAGACAUUAAGAUUCCAACUAAGGGAAACAUCUACUCAGUGAAUGAAGGCAAUGCUCAGAACUGGGAUGGUCCAACCACAAAGUAUGUAGAGAGAUGCAAGUAUCCCAAAGAUGGUUCUCCCGCAAAGUCUUUAAGAUAUGUUGGAAGUGUGCUGUAUGAAGUCUUCCCAAUGGCGUUCUUGAUGGAGCAAGCCGGAGGUCAGGCCUUCACUGGCAAGAAAAGGGCCCUAGACCUUGUCCCUGAGAAGAUCCAUGAGCGCUCUCCCAUAUUUCUUGGUAGCUAUGACGAUGUAGAGGAGAUUAAGGCUCUGUAUGCUACUGAGGAGAAGAACUAAGCUUCUCAUUCUUAUCUUUUUUUUUUUUUUAUAAAUCUUCUUUCUGUCGAAACAUACCAAAUGACUCACUUAUACCCCUAAGAAGACUUGUUCAAUAAAUAUAAUAAUAUAUAUAUAAUCUCCUUUCAAUAAA